CGCACUUGAGUUUUUCAUAUUUUUUUUUUUUUUUUAAAUGUAAAACUUUAAAAAAAUAUUUUAAUAUAGAAUGUAUUUAAUGAAAAAAUACCCUAAUUUUUCAGUCAUUUUACCUUAACUGUUUUCAAUCAAACGCGUCAUCUCGUUUCCAUAUAGAUCUAUUUUUGAAUCCCCUUUUUUUUCGAGUUUCAUCAGCAGUUACAUAACCACGAAAAAUAGAUGUCUAGUCAUAAGGGUAAGUUUGUAAUAAAAAGGAAGCAGGAGAAUCAUUUAAAUUGAGAAUGAAUGACAGAAAAAUGAGACUUGAAGAUAUUAAUGAGGAACCCAAAAGGAUUAGACCUUAAAUAAUAUAGCACCGCAUGUAUCAACUGUCCCGCAGAAAAUCUUGAUUUAAAAAAAUGGCAGCUCCCAUGAACUUUUGCCCAGGCGGUGCCGAAUGUGACGAUGAUGAAUUUGAUGAUGGAUUUUUGUUCGAUUGUGAUGACACUAAUGAUGAGAAGUCUCAUUUGAGAACACACGAAUACUCGAAUGGGACCACAAACCACGCAGAUAGAGGAGGUUUUGGGGUUCCAUUAUCCAAAUCCAAGUCAUCUAAAUCCGAGAAUCCAAAAGAGAGAAAGAUCAAAGAAGCAGUCACAGUUGGAGCGGAUGAUUUUAGAAUGGCUGUGUCGAGGGGGAACCUUGAUGCCAUCAAAACAUUUAUAGAGAAAGGGUACAAUGUGAACACUGUCCUGAAGUGUGGAUGGACUCCCCUGAUGUAUGCUGCCAACUUUGCUUUCCCUCAGAUUGUCAAGUCCCUCCUGGAUAAUGGGGCAGAUCCCCACCAUCACAAAGAUACGUACACUGUGUUGAUGGCGGCCUGUGGCUCCACCUCUAAUAACGAGGACAACAUUCUGCAGUGUGUGGAUUACCUCCUGGAGAGAGGGGUCAAACUCAAUACUCAUGACAGGUACCACAUGUCUCCGUUAAUGUACGCCUGUAGAGAGGGUAGGGUCAAGGUCGUGUCAAGGCUACUAGACAAAGAAGCUAACAUCAACAAACAGGAUAACCGGGGCUGGACAUCCCUGAGUUGGGCCAUCAGUAAAAAUCACCAGGGAGUAGUGAAGCUUUUGGUUGAGAGAGGGGCGGACACUAAAAAACUACACUCUGAUGGACAAACAGCUAUGGAUCUAGCCAUUGCUCAGGAUCUUCAACUGGUGAUAAAAUUACUUGGAGGAGACACAGAAAACAGUAUUGGCAUUUCAGCCAAUCAGAAUCAAGCUUACUCCUCCUGUAAUGGAUUACCAGCACAUUCCAGCUCUGGUGCUCCAGAUCUGGAUUCAUCAAAAAAGGCCGUGAUAUAUGGAGAGCUGGAACUGUUUCUGAGUGGGCUGGGUCUCAGUCACCUGGUACAGCUGUUCCAGGACCAGCAGGUCGAGUUUGACAUGUUUCUCAGGAUGACAGAUGAAGACUUGAUAAAGAUGGGUAUUCAACAAAUCGGAAUUCGGAAGAAGAUUCUAGAUGGUGUCCACAUGGUCCACAAACAGGACUGGGAGAAAGGGAGUCUGCCUACCGUACCAUACAACAGAAAGAUGAGCUGCAGUGAAGCAGUUGCUAUGGCAGCCAACAUCAGUAAACAUACGAAAUACUUGUCCAGUACCAUCGGUUACAUAGCCGACCAAAUAACCGUCAACUCUCCUGUUUUAGAGACUCAGGAUGGUACCACACCAAAGCAACUCCAGAAACACUGUCUAGAGACACGGGCGAACGUAGAGAUGUUACAGAAAGAAUUGACGAGAUUAUCAUCCAAAUUACAGAAGGUAUUUCAGAAAAGGAAUGUUGAUCCGCCCGACCUUGUGACCUUACCAGUGAACCGGAAGUCACGUAUCAAUUACAAGCGCGUUCUUUUGGUCCUUGGUGUCUGUGUGCCAGUUGGAGUGGUCAUAUUUUACAGCAGGGACGCUCUGUUAAAACGAAUCAAUCAGUUUGUAUCAGAAUAACUUAAAAUUCAAAAAUCGAUGCUUUUCAACUAGUCCCAAUUGUUAAAUGGUUGUGAUCGCACAUUGCAAUAUUCUUGCAUGUGUAUUAUAAGAGUGUUCUAAUAAUAUUUUGUGCCAAACUAUAUUAUGAUAGAGAGUAUGAUGAAAUUCACACGAAAGAGAGAGAUUGUGUCAUUCACUAAACUGAAAGGUGUGGUUUUUAUCCGCACAGAGAGUGGGGUAUGCUAGUAGAUUUUGUGAUUCUCAGGGAAGACUAAAUGUACAUGGAUGGAAUUUUUUUUUUUUUUUUUUUUUUUUUUUUAGUGUUUGCUCUUGAGACUUGCGCAACAACUUGUGAGGACGCUAAUAAUGUGUUUAUCAAAACUUCACGUCAAUGUCAUGAUAGAUAAAUAUGCUUAUUUAAGGAAUAAAUGUCUACCUUGUUUAUGUUACGGAAGCCAUGAAGGCAUUGGAAGCUUAGGUUAAAUUUUGCAAUCGUUUAGGCUUAUGAAAGAGUUGCCCCAUGCGAACAUUUUUUUUAUAUCCUCCUGAUACAAACUAUCUAGUACUCCUUUUAUUUAUAGUAAAUAAAUUUGUAAUUUGACUUGUGUCGGUUUAUAAAUAUAAAGCUUUUUAUGCUAAGCCAAAUUUUCAGUGCCUUUUAUCAAGAUAUAAAAAUACAUUGAAAUAUCAAAGGUUUAAUGCUGACCAGACAUUGACAAAUGUAAAUAUUACUGUAUUAUUUCAAGUAAAAAAAAAAUCUUUAAAUCUCUGGCACUGUACAGUUUUAGGAUGGGGCUAUAUUUGUGUUGAAAGUUUUACAGAAGAAAAUGUACAAAUUUCUCUUUCUUUAAGAGUUUUCUUUUCCUUUUACACCACUGACAAGUGAGAUUGUAUUCAAUUGAAUCCAUACAAACGUAUUCUUUUUAAAAUGAAUGAUUUUGAUGUGAAUUUUAACAAUAUACCUACAUAGGGUACUGUAAUUAUAAAUGCACAUGUAGAUAGAUAUGUUAUGUAAAUUUCAGUGUUCAGUAUUGAGCAGCAAUGACCUUUUCUGUACUCGUAAUUUUGAAAUAUUUUUUUGUAUACUUGUAGGGAGAGGGCAUUGUAAGUUUUAGAACUUGCACCCAAUCCCAAUAUUUCAUUUAAAGUUCAAUAAAAUAUAUACAACACCACAGACAAA